CUUUUUUAAGCCCUUUCAUUCAUUCAUUCAUUCAAUCCUUCGUUCCCCCUUGCUUCCCUUGGUCCUCUCAUAAACAAUGAAGUUCCUCAGUUGGAUGCAGAAUAAAUUUAGUGGAAAUCAAGGGAGCACAAAACAAAAUUCAUGUACAACUACUACUACAUAUCAUGCAAAACAAGAGCCUCGAGAGGAGUUCAGUGAUUGGCCUCAUGGUUUACUAGCAAUCGGAACGUUCGGAAACAACAGCGAAAUAAAAGAGAGCCAAGAAAAGCAAAACACAUGUUCAGAGGAUCCAUCCUCUUCAGAGGAAAUAGCAGACUUUACACCAGAAGAAAUCGGUAAACUACAAAAGGAGCUAACUAAGCUCCUGCGGCGAAAGCCGAGUGUCGAGAAGGAGAUUUCUGAGCUUCCUCUGGAUAGAUUUCUGAACUGUCCUUCUAGCUUGGAGGUGGACAGGAGAAUAAGUAACGCGCUUUGCAGCGAUUCCGGUGAUAAAGAGGAAGACAUUGAGAAAACACUUAGUGUCAUACUCGGUAAAUGCAAAGACAUUUGUGCAGAUAACAGCAAGAAAGCAAUUGGGAAGAAAUCACUUUCUUUCCUGCUCAAGAAAAUCUUUGUUUGUAGAAGUGGAUUUGCUCCAACACCUAGCCUUAGGGACACUCUUCAAGAGUCAAGAAUGGAGAAGCUUUUAAGAACGAUUCUUCACAAGAAAAUAUGCACCCAAAAUUCUUCCCGGUCGCCGGUGAUGAAGAAGUGCAUACAGGACAAGAAGUCGGCAACAAAGAAGAGGAAUGUGGAAGAAGCAGAAGAGAGGAAAGAUGAUGGUUGUAAAUGGGUCAAGACAGAUUCUGAAUAUAUUGUUCUAGAGAUUUAAAUCUUGCUCUAUUUUUAGUUGUUCCGUUAUUAUAUGCUCAGAUUUAAAGAAAUCGAAGAUACAGUACAUAAAGACAUUGACGAGAGAAAGGAAGAAUGAGAGGAAACCAAAGGGAGGGGGUUGAUCGGGG